AUGGUGAGUUACGGGGCUGCUGGCGGGGUGAGACAAGCCUUCGAGCAAGGUUAUUUGCGCACAGCGCCCCCCGCCACUUUCUUGGAUACUGCUCGCCUGGCCCGGGAAUUGCCGCAGGACACAUUCCCCUCCUUCGAGGCGGAUGACGGGCUCUUCUUCCAGGCUGCUCCUCCUCUUGCUGCCGCUCCAACCCCCGUAGAGGUGUCUCCCCAGGAUCUUCCUGCCGCCAUCCCCGAAGCUUCUGAAGCCCUUGCCCCUCCUCCUGCUGCCGCUCCAACCCCCGUAGAGGUGUCUUCCCAGGAUCUUCCUGCCGCCAUCCCCGAAGCUUCUGAAGCCCUUGCCCCUAAACCCUAA